AAUCGACAUUUUGUACAAUAUUAUGCUAACAAGACGUUUCAUAAUACUUCUAUAAUUUAACGGAGACUCACGAACAUAUGAUUGACCAUUCGUUAACUUUUACCAUGAUUCAGUUGCCGGCGUAUAUUUUCUUGAUUGCUCAAGUAUUCACCUUGAUCAAAACUGAUCCACUUAUAGGUGAACGUAUUUUUUCAGUGGAUUAUCGACAAUGCCCUUUCGUUGUGUCACUUAGACUAAAGUAUAUUGAAGGAAUAUUAGCCUAUCGACACUUCUGUACCGGUACAGUUAUUACGCAGAGACACGUAUUAACAGCUGCACACUGUUUUAAUAAUAGAACAAAAGAUAAUAUCGUGGUGUACCUUGUCGGGUAUAAUCGGACAGAGCCCUAUGCAACUCGGUAUGAAAUCGAUUCAUGGUUAACAUAUGACUCGUGGGCUCGAGCAAAUGGAAAAACUAUCAAAUUUUUCACAAAUGAUGUGGCAAUUAUUAAGUUAUCAUUAUCGGUAAAUCGCGAUAGUAUAACACCUGUCCGCCUCACGAAUUUGAAUAACAAACAACUCUAUGGAACAAAGGCAAUAAUAAUUGGCUGGCUAGGCCUAUCUUAUAAUCCACCUGCAAAUUACUUAAUGCAAGGAAAAGUAACAAUAUUAACACCCUCCAAGUCCGACCAUCUGGUAAAAUUGGUGGCUAAUCUAAAAUAUGAUAUAAAAGACAAUGUUCUGGCUACGUACGCCGAACCAUAUAUACUCCCAAAUAAUGGUGAUAGCGGUGGACCGCUUUUGGACAAAAACAAUUUUCUUUUAGGUGUCACACGCGGUACAACUCCCAAUAUUACUUGGGGUGACUUCUCUGAGGAAUUUUUAAAUUUGUAUAAAAUUAAUAUUCAUUCAAGUGUCCAUUACUAUAGAGAAUUCAUUGAAAAUGUGACGACAUUAGCUGAAGACAAUAAGAUACCAAUUUUAUGCCGUAAAUCAAUGCCGUAGAUCUGUACUUUAAAAAAUAGAUUGUAAAAAAUUGGGAAUAAAAUAAAAAGGUGUCUGCUUAAAGACGCAUUGGAUGGCAAAUUUUUGAACAAAAGUAACAUUAACUAUUUAUGAUCAACUAAAUAUAUUACUUUAUUCUUUGUUUAUCGCGAAUUUCUUUAAGGAGUCGUUAAAAUACACCACGAUUUGAGAAUAUUCGUAUUUAAUACAUUUUCUAAUAAUUUCAUACAAAAGUCAUGCAUACCAUUUAGAAAUGGUCAUGUUUUUCGAUGAUACAAUAUAAUUAGUAUGAUGCUUCAAUUGUUGAAUCUCUAUAAUAUGCAUUUUUUCUAAUAGACAGUCUCCAUCCAAGCUAUAGUAAGUAUUGUUGCAAAUAAUUUUUGACUUUAGUUAAAUGCAUAUAACUUGUGUUUUCUUAGUAUGGUGUGCCUUUUCAUUGAUGCAUGGUUGUUCCACAGGUUCUACAGGUUCAAACUAGGAUUUUCGGCAGUAAUCAAAUCGUUGUUGAGAGAAAAAUCGGUUACCAUUGUUGGAUAAAAACAGACGUCUCAUAGGGAUGAAUUACCAAAGUAUUCUUACAAUCAUUGACGUUGAAAUAAUUUUCUUGACGAGUUUGUGGUUCAUUACGUAUUAAGAAUUUAUAUAAGUAUUAUUUGCUCAAAUUCCUAUCGAAAAACGUAAUAUUAACUUGAAAUUCUUAAAAAUAUAACAUAGCCCUAUUCAUUGUACAACUUAAAAGUAUAACGUUCUUAUUUUUUCCUCCUCACGUUUUAGAUAUAAAAUUUAUAAAUUUUCCUAGUUUUAUAAAUUCUUUAAGAGUAAGUUCUUUUAAUGGUAAAAGUAUUUUCUACUUUUACCAUUAAAAGUAGAAAAUCAAUAAAUAAAAAUUCGUUCUGAAAUGUGAAAAAUAGUGUUAUUUAAAAAUGGCUCCGUUCAUUUCCGAAUUCAG